GUCAUAUAAUUAGCAUGUGGAGGGUAAAAUAAAAACCAGUCUCAAAGCAGCGCUCGUCUUUAACUUACGUUCCCUGUGCCCUUGCAUACUGAACAUGGCGCAGCCGGUUUUUAAAAUUUACUAAUUCAUAGUCAAUAGUGUUAUUCGAAGUAGAAGUGAUAAGAUAUAACUGUAAUAAAAACGUAAAAGUGAAAGUGCUAUGCAAUAUAAAAGCUAAAAUAAUUACCAAGUACAAUGGAAGCCAUUUUGCAACCACCGCCGCCGUUUAUAUUUGAAAAUAAUCUUGUAAAUGUGACAUCUGGUAAUUUAAGUAAAGAGUGGGACAAAUGGAAAAAGAGUUUUAAAAUUUACUAUGCAGCGUGUGAAAUCGGCAAGAAAGAUGUGAUAGUGCAGAUAAAUAUUUUGCUUCACGUCAUUGGUGAUCGGUGCAGAGACGUGUACGAUCAAUUUACGGAUAAAACAAAAUGUGAUACGGUAGACAAAGUGUUGGAGAAAUUUGAUUGUUUUUUUUUUCCAAAGAAGAAUUUAACGAUCGAACGUCACAGAUUUUUUACACGCGAUCAGAGUGAAUUCGAGUCCGUGGAACAGUACGUGUUCGAAUUAAAUAAAAUGGCAGUGAAAUGUGAAUUCAAAGACCUGUGCCAAGACUUAGUGCGAGAUAGAUUGAUAUGUGGAAUAAGAGAUGGAUCGCUACGGGAACGCUUGUUAAGGGAACCUGAUUUGACUUUAACGAAGGCUGUAGAGAUAGGUAAUUUGGCAGAAUUAUCCCGAGCACAAGCUGUGACCUUGAAAUCGGAGAGCACUGAGCAUCACCACGUUCAAGAAAUUUCGAAUGAAAAUCAGGGUACUAACUCACAAGUGAAGGAGAUUGAUGCCAUACGAAAAGACCGCCGUUUUUCUCGAGGGCAGCGGUCAAGGUCAUCGCGCGCGCGAUCGGGCGGACAAUGGUCGCGCCCAUGUCCGUCGCGGCAGCAAGAGUAUCAUCAGGACUCGCGUGGUGCUAGAGGUAGCCUACCUACUUCACACUACCGUGAGGAGAGAAAGUGGCACAAUACGCCGAUGUAUCGUGGUUGUCUACAAUGUGGUGGAGUUCAUCCGAAGUUUAAAUGCCCGGCAUAUGGACAGCAAUGUUUAAGUUGUAAGAAAUUCAAUCACUACUCGAGAAUGUGUGGAAUCUAUGAGGUGCGCGAGGACUCUUCCGAUCAGGGAAGUACGACCUCCUGAUCGGUGGGGAUUCCCAGCCACAUCAUGAAGGGUGAACUACAUGCAGUGAAUCUAAUCCCGGCGCAAUUUGUCAAUGAACAAUGAAUUCAAGUUUAGAUUGUUUUAACAGUCAAGUAUAGGAAAUCAAUUGCAUGUCUUUGUAAUGUUUAACUUAUGUAUCUUAAAUUGAAUUUUUAAUAUAGUUAAGUACGUAAAUUUUAACAUAUGUAUAUUAUUUAUUUUUACCAAUGUCAGAAUCUUACCUGGAAAUGAAUUGAAAUGCAUUUUUUAUUGUAAUUUUUUUUUACCACUUUAAUGAUUCUACCUGCCAAUGAAUUGUAAUGUAUUUUUAUUAUUUACACCAAUGAUGUUUUAUAUAUAUAUACAUAUUUUUUUUUAAUAGUAAGGAGAUUACAGAUAAAACUUAUUGCAUGUUCAGAAACGAAUGUAUUAAUAGUCAAUAAGUAAAUAAUUUAUGUCAACUUAUAUUUUAUGUUACGCGUAAAAUUUUACUCAGUCAUAAUUUAUAUUUAAGCGAUUGUUACGUGUAAUGGUCUGUAUUUUUUUUUCUUCUCUUUUUCUGUUUUUGAAAAAGGGAAUUGUCAUAUAAUUAGCAUGUGGAGGGUAAAAUAAAAACCAGUCUCAAAGCA